AUGCCAAAGGAAAAGGCUCCCAAGCGCGCUACCAAGGCCAAGACUGAGAAGAAGAAGAAGGAUCCUAACGCACCAAAGCGUGGACUUUCUGCCUACAUGUUCUUUGCCAAUGAGCAACGUGACAAUGUUCGUGAGGAGAAUCCCGGAAUCACUUUCGGUCAGGUCGGAAAGGUUCUCGGUGAGCGCUGGAAGGCUUUGAAUGAGAAGCAAAGAAUCCCUUACGAGGAGUCUGCUGCCAGGGAUAAGAAACGUUAUGAAGAGGAGAAAGCCAUCUAUAACGCCGAUGCCGAAGAGGAAGAAUCUUCUUAA